AUGUUGCGCCGGGCGAUUCAGCGAACUCGGCUGCAUUUACCGGCACCAACAGGGCACGACAAUGGCAGUGGAAGCGGCUCCUCUUCUCCUGACGAAGGUGACUAUCUCCAUGCAAGUCCCAGCGUUGCCUACACGAGUCUCCGGGACGACGAGUCCGUUCGCGAAUACUUCCGAAAGCGGCCAGAAGAUAUCUCGGAAGUGCGUUUGUUUGCUGCCGAGAAGCCCCUGCGGAAGGAAAAUUCUGCCAACGUGGCAAGGAUGUCCAUGGACGAAGAACGUCGAGCGGCGGAUGUGUGGAAACGACUGCAGACGCUCUACGGUCUUUUCCAAGAGCUAUCGGAAGAUAUCCCGGUUGAAGAAGACUGGGUGAGGUUGCCGUCAGGUGUCAUCAUGCGGGACCUGCAGACGUUGUCGACUGUGGAUGACACGGACGAUCACGGCAUGCCGCAAGGGUUUACUGCUGGAAUGUUUGCCGUGUUGGGCAAUGUACUGUAUAAUGAAAUGCUCGUUGCUGCGGGACAGAACCGCAUCAGCCGCGACGUCUUGGAGGAGCUGGGCAACUGCUUGUACGCAGACGCGGCAAGUGUAGCCGUGAUUGCAGUGGAUGCACUGCGUCCAAUGGGAACAGAAAUGUUCUUCGCUGUGCUGCUUGUGUCGGUUGCUCAUCCUGUGGCCGUGAUUGAGUUUGUCUGGUGCUGUAACUGUACAAAGCAUAUACCGUGCGUUUGCCUUCAUCUCGAGUCGUUCGUAUGUAAUUCGCAGUCAAGCCCAGAGUGA